AUGUCUAUGCUUCCUCCUGUCCUGCCUGACAGUCAGCCAUGCUCAGCCUCCUUCCAGUCUGUGGUCGUAACCUCCUGACACGCACCGCCGCUCACGCCUGGAAUCAGAAGUUUUACUCUGCGCAGAUGAGCAGCAAAAAAGUAGCCGUGGUUUUGGCGGGCUGCGGUGUCAACGAUGGCAGCGAGAUCCACGAAGCCUCCGCCAUUUUGGUGCAUUUGAGCCGAGGAAGUGCAAGUGUGAAGAUGUUCGCCCCCAACAUGGAGCAGAUGCACGUGGUGGACCACCUGAAAGGUGAGCCCUCCCAGGAGAAGAGAAACGUGCUGGUGGAGAGCGCCAGGCUGGCCCGUGGGGACAUCCAGGACCUUUCCAAACUCAGCGUCAAAGACCACGACGCCAUCAUCUUCCCAGGCGGUUUCGGGGCAGCCAAGAACCUCUGCACGUGGGCGGUAAAGGGCAAGGACUGCUCCGUGAACGCUGAGGUCAAAGCCGUGCUGGAAGCGUUCCGCGGCGAGGGCAAACCCAUCGGCCUCUGCUGCAUCUCGCCCGUCUUGGCCGCCAAAGUGUUCCCCGGUUGUGAGGUCACCGUUGGCCUGGAGAACCACGACAAGUACCCCAACACCACGGAGACGGCCGCUGCCAUCAACCAGCUGGGCUGCAAGCACGUGAGCGCAGCUGUAGGCCAGAGUCACGUGGACCAGAAGAACAAGCUGGUCACCACCUGUGCCUUCAUGUGCGACGCGCCCAUCCAUGAAGUUUUUGACGGAAUCGGUUCCAUGGUGCAGGGUGUGCUAAAGCUAGCUUAGUGGAUUCUACCCAAGUAACAGCAUGCUGGUGUUUUAGCUAGCUUCACUACAAAUGCUAAAUAAGUAGUUUCCAAGUACAAUAAAAUAGCACUUCUUUGGUAUAGUUUUUGUUCUUUAGAAUGGAUUGUAUAUCUGCAAAAUUGAAUGACGCAGGUGACAUAUUGAUAUUUUUGUGGCUACUUUAUUGUAUUCAAUUGUUUGAAUGAAGCUAAAUUAUUCAACAAAAAAGUUUUUGUCUCUUGUUAAAAUUAUACAUAGAUGAUGUUUUACACAUCAUCUUCAAGCCGCUUUCUGACAGUCGCUUCCGGAUGCGCCGUUUUGUGGGCGGUUUUAUUUACGUGCCUCCACUUGGACAGCGUCUUCUCCCCGUCAUCUUUGUUGUAGCGGUGUAGCGUGCAAGGACGGGAGUGGAAGAAGUGUCAAAAGAUGGCGCUAACUGUUUUAAUGACAUUCACACUUUACUUCAAUCAAUAACGGAGCAGCAUCUCCUCAUCCGGAAACAACAACACAGGAAAUGUGUCCCGUGAAAAACUGUCCGACCGGAACUCUCUAAUAACUAAAGUUCCUUGGGUGAAUAAUGUAAACUCACUACACCGGUAUGUUUUAGUGCUUUCAUGGCAGAUAUAAGUAAGA